AUGGGGGCGCUGACCAGCAGGCAGAACGCAGGGGUGGAAGAGGUGGACAUCCCUUCUAAUUCAGUCUACAGAUAUCCUCCUAAAUCCGGGAGCUACUUUGCCAGCCAUUUCAUCAUGGGAGGUGAGAAGUUCGACUCCACGCACCCGGAGGGCUACCUCUUUGGAGAGAACAGUGACCUGAACUUCCUGGGAAACAGACCUGUAGUGUUUCCUUACGCCGCCCCACCCCCCCAGGAGCCAGUGAAGACACUCAGGAGUUUAAUCAACAUCCGCAAGGACACUCUGCGCCUAGUCAAGUGCACGGAGGAAGUGAAGACCCCUGGCGAGGAAGUCAGCAAAGCCAAGGUCCACUACAAUGUGGAGUUCACCUUUGACACCGACGCGCGAGUGGCCAUCACCCUUUAUUACCAGGCUACCGAAGAAUUCCAGAACGGAGUAGCCAGCUACCUCCCCAAAGACACCAGCUUGCAGUCAGAGACGGUCCAUUACAAACGAGGGGUGUGCCAGCAGUUCUGCGUCCCCUCCCACACCGUCGAUCCUUCCGAAUGGGCAGAAGAGGAGCUGGGCUUUGACCUGGACCGAGAGGUGUAUCCCAUGGUGGUGCAUGCCGUCGUGGACGAGGGAGAUGAGCACCUCGGCCACUGCCACGUACUGCUGGCGACGUUUGAGAAGCAUGCAGAUGGUAGCUUUUGUGUGAAGCCCCUCAAGCAGAAACAAGUGGUGGAUGGAGUUAGCUACCUCCUUCAGGAGAUCUACGGGAUCGAGAACAAAUACAACACGCAGGACUCCAAGGUGGCUGAGGACGAGGUGAGCGAUAACAGCGCAGAGUGCGUGGUCUGCCUCUCGGAUGUGCGGGACACUCUGAUUCUACCCUGCCGCCAUCUUUGCCUCUGUAACACUUGUGCGGACACCCUGCGUUACCAAGCCAACAACUGCCCCAUCUGCAGGCUGCCAUUCCGAGCCUUGCUCCAGAUCCGAGCAAUGAGGAAAAAACUUGGCCCUCUCUCUCCAACCAGCUUCAGCCCAAUCAUCGCCUCCCAAACGUCCGAUUCUGAGGAGCACUCGUCUUCUGAGAACAUCCCUCCUGGCUACGAGGUAGUGUCUCUGCUGGAAGCUCUCAACGGGCCCCUCACUCCGUCCCCGGCCGCCCUUCCACUGCACGGGCUUGGGGACAGCCACGGGGCAGGGAUGUUGCCGUCAUAUGGCAGCGACAGCCACCUGCCUCCCAUCAGGACGCUCUCUCCCCUUGACUGCUUGUCGGACUGUGGCAGCCAAGGGCUCAAACUCAAGAAGAGCCUAUCAAAGUCAGUUUCCCAGACUUCCUCGGUCCUGCACGAAGAAGAUGAUGAGAAGUCCUGCAGCGAAUCAGAAAUCGGGAUUUCCAGGAGGAAGUCUCCUCAUCAGCAUGAGGAGGAAUAUGGUAUGACACCAGAGAGUGAAAACCUCACCUUAUCCUCCUCGGGAGCAAUAGAUCAGUCUUCGUGCACAGGAACCCCUCUCUCCUCCACCAUCUCCUCCCCAGAAGAUCCUGGCAGCAGCAGCCUGGCCCAGUCCAUCAUGUCCAUGGCCUCCUCCCAAAGUCAGCACUCCCAGAUCAGCACCGACACCAUGUCUUCCAUGUCUGGCUCUUAUGUUGCUCCGGGCACAGAGGAAGAGGGGGACAUGCUCCCAUCCCCUGCUGCUGCCAGUGGGAUUCCUUCAGAAGGAGAGUCAACCCCUGUGGAAUCUCCAGAUAGGAAUUUUGUCAGUAUCUCUGCGGAGGAGCGAGACGCGGAGGGGAACGAUGUCAUGGAGGAAGAGGACGGAUCUCCCACCCAGGAAGACGGCCAGAGGACAGGUGCUUUCCUAGGUAUGGAGUGUGACAAUAACAAUGACAUUGACAUCGCGAGCGUGAAAGCGCUGGACAAUAAGCUGUGCUCUGAGGCCUGCUUCCCUGGUAUCAAGGGGUCAGAUGACAACGCCCUGACCCGCAGGCCAGCCCAGAGGCACCAUCUGUCUUCCAGCAGCAUCAACCUGGAAGAGGAGGAAGAUAUGCAGUGCAUGAUGGGCCCCCUGGCUGUCUGA